AUGGCCCUGGAACUGCGCGAUGCUUCAGAAGGCAAGAUGGUGUCGGAGCGUUUUCAAGAGCUGAAGAGUCUCCUGGUGCAGCUGGGAGAGCUCGCGUGGCGCCAAGGUACUACCGCCAUUGAAGAGGCUUGCAAAGUGCUGGACAUUGCUUACAAGGAACGGGAGCGUCGAUGGGGAGAUGACGGAAAGGUCGACCGGUCCAGGAGUCGGAAAUCCUGGAGAUUUGCGAAGAGAUUUCUGGCGGGACAUUCGAGACGCAGGGGGAGCCCUUGGAUGUCGCUGUCUGCGAUUUUCUUGCUUACCUGCUCCGCUCCACCCCGGCCGAGCAGGAGUUCGAGCCGUUGA